AUGAUUCAGUUGCUCGGGAAGGCCGGGUCACAAGCCUUCUACGUCCUGCUACUCCAGGCGAUCAUCGUCGACAGGCAACAGCUUGAGGUCCCUCUGUCUGUCUUCUCCGCCGAGUCCGUCCUGGAUUCCGUGACGGUGAUCACUAGGCUGUCGACCGCGGCAUAUGUGGCACUCUCUGCGGCAUUCAAGGCCGGGAUGACGGAGUACCCGCCGGUGCCGCCCAACGGCAUACUCGACACAUGUUUCAACUUCACCGAUAAGAUCAAUGUCACGAUGCCACGUGUGGCGUUAGUGUUCGACGAGGGCGCGGUGGUGGAGCUCGACGCCGACGGUGUCAUGGAUAGCAGCUACCUCGCCUUCGCGGUCAGUGACCACAACAACACCAUCGGGAACGUGCAGCAGCAGGGUUUCGAGGUCCUACACGACAUCGUCCAGGGCGUCGUGGGUUUCCGGGCCGGUGCUUGCUGA